AUGACCAUUAAGCGGCGUUUAUCUGGAUCGAAGGUUUUAGCACACUAUGAUCAGGACAAGGCUUUAAUUUUGACAUGUGACGCUAGUUCAUAUGGCGUCGCUGGUGUGCUGACACAACCUAGUGUGCAGGGCGAGCGCCCCAUAGCUUAUGCAUCACGAUCGCUAAGUGACGCUGAAAAAAAUUAUUCGCAAAUUGAUAAGGAGGCCUUGGCUAUUAUUUACUGUUUAAAGAAAUUUAAUCAGUACUUAUACGGGCGACAUUUUACCUUAAGGACCGAUCACAAGCCAUUGGUGAGUUUGUUUGGGCCUAAGACUGGUGUUCCUGCGAUGGCUGCAAGCCGAAUGCAAAGAUGGGCUUUGAUAUUGUCGGCAUUCUCUUAUGACAUAGAAUAUAUCAAUACUAAGGAAAACUUGGCUGACGGCUUGUCAAGGCUACCGAUCGAAGGCGAUGUAGGAAUGGAACCCUCUAUUCCUGAACAUACAUAUUUACAUUAUGUCCAAGAUGCUUUGGCUAUCGAUAGUGAAGUCAUCAAACGUGAAACCGCUAGGGAUCCGGUGUUGAGUCGAGUUUUAUCUUAUAUCGAUGACGGUUGGCCUGAUUCGAAUGAUGUAAGGAACUUGCAACCUUUCUUUAAUAGGAAGAAAGAGUUGUAUUCUGAGCGCGGAUGUGUUAUGUGGGGCCAUAGGGUGAUCGUUCCUAACUCUUGCAAGCAGGCGGUAUUGGAGAUGUUACAUGAGCCUCAUAUGGGUAUCGUCAAAACUAAAUCUAUGGCUCGGAGUUAUGUGUGGUGGCCUGGCAUGGAUGAAGAGAUCGAGGCUAAAUGUAAAACUUGCGAGGUUUGUGCGAUGGAGCAGGACUCGCCUAGAGGCCAUGUGCCUUGCCCUUGGCCUUAUCCUAGCAGUUCAUGGACGCGGAUUCAUGUAGAUUUUAUGGGUCCGAUUAAUGGAAAGCUUUAUUUGGUCAUUGUUGAUUCCACUUCUAAGUGGUUGGAAGUAUUCCAGGUAUCGAGUACCUCAGCUGCUCACACAAUAGAAAAACUGACCGAGGUGUUUUCUCGUUUUGGUUUUCCUAAACAACUUGUGUCAGACAACGGCCCUCCUUUCACUAGUAAGGAGUUUAGUGAAUAUUUGAAGGGAAACCAUAUCCAACACGUGUUUUCAGCGCCUUAUCAUCCAUCUUCGAAUGGCGCAGCUGAAAAUGCAGUUAGGACGGUUAAAAGAGUGGUAAAAAAAGCUAUCAGGCAAAACAUAGACACUAAGAUGUCAAUACAGACGUUCCUGUUACAUUAUAGGAACACCCCUCAUUGUACUACGGGUGAAAGCCCAGCUCAGUGUCUCAUGGCUCGAAAGUUGCGGACGGGUCUUGACGUCCUUAAACCCGAUAGGCAGGUUAAGGUGUGGAGGUCACAGAUAAAGAUGGCGGAACAGGCCGGUGGCUCCCAGAGAUCAGUUGACGUCGGUGACUCUGUGUGGAUUAGGCGAUAUAACUCAAAGGACAAGUGGAUGCCUGGCGUAGUGUCUGAGCGAUUAGGGAACACGGAUUAUGCUGUGACAACCAAUACCGGUGAAGUAGCUCACAGGCAUGUCGAUCAGUUGAGACCAAAAGGAUUGAAAUUGUUAUCAUGUCCGUUGUCAGAGCCAGAACCUCCGUUUGUAAACACGCAGUCGUUGCCUUCAUCGGCUUCGCCUGAUGUGUCACUUGCGGGUGACAUCGUACCAGAGGUCCCAGCUCAGCCGGUUGUAGGGUCUGCGCUAGUACCUCUUCAGGGGGGUAGUGUAAGUGGUGGGAGUAAUACAAAUGUAAAUUCAUCUCCUGUGUUGAACCGCCCCAUGCCACGUUGUACUAGAAAUAAAAAUCCUGUAUACAGGUAA